AUGAAGUGGAGUGCAGACUUGAAAGAUAGUUUAGGAAAGGCAGGAGUAGAACUGGAGGUUUUGAGCUUGCUUCAACCUCAUAAGAAACUUAGGAAACUCUCCAUCAAGAGUUAUGGUGGUUUGACAUUCCCAUCUUGGGUAGGAGAUCCUUCAUUCAAAAAUUUAAUAUUCUUAAAUUUUGAAUAUUGCCAAAAGUGUAAUUCACUCCCAUCAAUUGGAAAACUACCAUUUCUGAAGGCCCUCUAUAUCAAAGGAAUGAGUUAUGUCAAUAGGGUGGGUGUUGAGUUCUAUGGAGAGAAUUGCUUGAAUGCAUUUCCAUCAUUAGAGAUUCUUCAUUUUGAAGAAAUGCCUGAGUUGAAGGAGUGGAAUCCUUGCCAUGUUGAUGAGAAAACCAGAAACUUCAAUUGCCUCCGUGAACUUUCUGUCAAGAAAUGCCCCAAACUGUUGGGAAGCUUACCAAGUAAUCUGCCUUGCUUGGAAAAACUAGUGAUUCAUGACUGUCAACUAUUGCUUGUUUCAGUUCCAAACUCUUCCAGGUUGUGUGAACUAGAAAUUGUUGGGUGCAAAGAAGUGAUUCAUCAGAGUUCUCUUGAUUUUUUCUCAUUAAAAAAAGUCUCUCUCUUAAACAUCACAAAUUUAACAAGGGAAUUGUUGUUAGGCUUAACAAAAGCUGAACUUCUUCGAAUUGGAGGUUGUGGAGAGCUUACUUCUUUGUGGCAGAACACAGGAGGAUGGUUAGCACAGUCAAAGUGCCUCCGUAACUUGGAAAUUUUGAGCUGUCCUCAACUUGUUUCAAUGGAGAUUGGAGAGGAAAAAGAAGAGUUGGUGCAAAUAGAAACCCUUAGCAAUCUUGAAUACCUAAGAAUAAAGCAUUGUGAAAGACUAGAGAAGUUAUCAACAACUGUGUACAACCUUACAUCCCUUAGGGAGCUGGAGAUCGUAAAAUGUCCAAAAUUGGUGUCAUUUUCGCAUAAUAACUUGCCUCCUACUCUAACAGGGUUGGUGGUAAAAAAUUGUAAGAAUUUACUUUGUUUAUUGGAGGAAGAGAGUAUUCAGAUCAGCAGCACAUCUCUACUUAACCAUCUGAUAAUUGAACGAUGUCCGUCUCUAAUAUCUUUAUCAUCAAGAGGUGAGUUACCUGUUAGGCUUCAACGUCUCAAGAUUUGGAGUUGCUCAAAGUUGGUCAAUUUAUCAUCAAGUGGCCGGCUACCUGUGGGGCUUAAACACCUGAGGAUUGACCUUUGCCAGAUGCUGGAUUCCAUUGCACAUUCAGUUCACAAUAACACUUGCCUUGAAUUCAUUUUCAUUGGCAGGUGUGAAAAGAUUCAGUAUUUACCUGAUGGACUGGACAAGCUCACCCAUCUUCAGCAGAUUCAAAUAGAAUGUUCUCGGAAUCUGGCUUCGAUUCCCAGGUUGCCCUCCACCAGCUUGAGAGUAUUGCGCCUAAAAGAAGGUUUUCCAACCAACUUAACUUCGCUUACAAUCUCAAAACCUGAAAUUCUCGAAGGACUAAUUACUUGGGGAUUGCAUAAACUCACUUCUCUUAAAAGACUCACCAUUAGAGGAGGGUACUUAGAUGGGGUGUCGUUUCCGCAUGAAGAGAAAGGAAUGAUGUUGCCUUCUUCUCUAAGCAAACUUGCCAUCAGUGAUUUCCCAAAUGUGGAAAUCCUGUCAUCAAAGGGCUUUCAAAACCUUCAUUCUCUUGAAUGUUUGUGCAUUGUUAACUUUCCAAAGCUCAAAUCUUUUCCCAGAAAGGACAUGCUUCUCUCACUUUUGGAGUUAUAUAUUCAUAACUGCCCAUUGCUAAAACAAAGGUGCCAAAGGGAUGAAGGACGAGACUGGUCUAACAUUGCUCACAUACCUUAUGUUCAGAUUGAUAAUAAAUUCGUCUAUGAUUCAGAGGAAGAGAAAGAGGAAAAUGAUUCAGAUGAGUAA